AUGUCAUUAUUCACUCAUCAACGUCAACUUUUUCUACGUCAAUUAAGUCAGACAUGUCCUUCUGACAACACAUUUCUGAAAACUUAUCUUUCUAAUUAUUCCGAAUUAAUAUCUCCAUCCUACAAAAAAACGCGUGAUCCAUUAGCAAUGAAAGAACUUUCAUUAAAAUGUCCUUCAUGUUCUCAUUCCUAUUCGUGUAAUUCUUUUCAUUAUCGUGGAAAACUUCCUAUCAAUCGACGUUUACAUUAUCUUCUAUCUAUUCGUCGUAAAUAUAAACGAAUCCCAACACCGAAUACAUAUAAACGUCGUUUAUUAGAUAAUUUUACUAAUAAAUCUCGUUCAAAAUUAUUCAUUAAAUGUACACAAUGUAAUGAAAUAAGAACAUUUCAAGGAGCAACAAGAAAAGAAAUUCCAAAUAGAAUCAUUAAUAAAAUUGAACCACCAAAACCAAAACCACAACCAAACACUCUUUCUAAUAAUAUUAAAUUAAAACAAACAUUUGAAAAAGUUUCUUGUCGUUUUCUAAAAAAAGAAAGCAAUCUUCGAGCAUUUCUUGAACAACUUUAA